CUUUUCAGAAGUCCAACGCUGGAGUGGAUCCUCGCAAACAUGAACGCGCCGGGAUUUAUCUUUGGGCUGGUGCUGCCAUUAAUCCUGCGGGCCGAAAGAAGUGCAGGUGCUGGUUUUCACUUUGCUUCAUACAUCAAUAACUACAUGGUGCUGCAGAAGGAGCCUGCGGGGGCAGUGAUUUGGGGCUAUGGCAUGCCUGGAGCCACGGUGACAGUGACCCUGGACCAGGACCAGGAAACCAUCAUGAACAAAGUGACCACUGUAAAUGCACACUCAGGUAUCUGGAUGGUGGUAUUAGAUCCUAUGAAGCCUGGUGGACCAUUUGAAUUGAUGGCACAACAGAGUUUCCACAGAAUAAACUCCACCCUGAAAGUUCAUGAUGUCUUAUUUGGAGAUGUCUGGCUUUGCAGUGGGCAAAGUAACAUGGAGAUGACAGUUUCACAGAUAUUUAAUGCCACACAGGAGCUGUCUGCCACUGCUGCCUACCAGUCUGUCCGCAUCUUCUCCGUGUCUCUUGUUCAAGCAGCGGAGGAGCUUGAGGACCUGUCUCUGGUGGACUUAGAUUGGUCUAAGCCCACCCCAAAAAACUUGGGCCAUGGAAAUUUUGAGUACAUGUCGGCAGUGUGCUGGCUCUUUGGGCGUUACCUGUAUGACACUCUGCAGUAUCCCAUUGGGCUGGUCUCCUCCUCCUGGGGUGGGACACCCAUUGAAGCUUGGUCAUCUGAAAGGGCACUGGAAGCCUGUGGGAUCCCUGGAAAAAGGUCCACUUCAGCUGAUUCUGUCCGCGGUCCGCGGGCUGGUCCGCGGGCUUUGUCUGUUCUCUGGAAUGCCAUGAUCCACCCACUGCAUAAUAUGACUCUGAAAGGGGUGAUCUGGUACCAGGGGGAGGCCAAUAUGAAUUUUCAUAGGGACCUGUACAAUUGCAUGUUCCCCGAACUCAUUGACGACUGGCGCCAGACCUUCCACCACGGCUCCCACGGGCAGACAGAGCGCUACUUCCCUUUCGGCUUUGUCCAGUUAUCUUCAUAUUUGCGUGGUGCAACCCCAGAUGACCAGUGUCCUGAGAUCCGCUGGCAUCAAACAGCUGACUUUGGCUAUGUCCCCAACCAAAGGAUGCCCAAUACCUUCAUGGCUGUAGCUAUGGAUCUGGGUGACAGGAACUCACCGUUUGACAGCAUCCAUCCUCGUGAUAAACAGACUGUGGCCUACAGGCUGCACUUGGGCGCACGCGCUGUGGCUUACGGUGAGAAACUGACAUUUCAAGGACCAAUACCUGAGAAGAUAGAACUCGUGGCUGACAAGGGGCUGCUCAACCUGACCUAUUCUCAGCAAAUCCAGGUGAAGAUGAAGGACAAGAAGAUAUUUACGGUCUCAUGUUGUGAUGACCAUCAUUGCAAAUGGCUUCCGGCUCCCAUGGACACUUUCUCCACCCAGACCCUGAGCCUCAACGUCAGUUCUUGCCCCGGCACUCUGGUUGCUCUCCGCUAUGCCUGGACCACGUGGCCUUGUGAAUAUAAACAGUGUCCCCUGUACCACCCCACCAGCACGCUGCCGGCUCCUCCCUUCUUUGCUUUCAUUACAAAGCAGACUCCUGAGCAGCAUAAAAGGUUCCUAGGAAUUUAGUCGCAGACUAUUUCAGAAACGGUGGGGUCCUUCCCAAUGGGUGUUCAGGAGUUUAAAUGAUGAAAGCUUCUGUUUUUAAGGAAAUGAAAGAAAGGUCUCUCUGAACAACUGGCUUACACAUUGUUUCUGUAUUCUGAGAGGACUCAGGGCUGGCAGGUCAGUGCAAGUGCUGGCAUUUUGUCCCAUUAGGCCAGACUGGACUAAUUCUGAAUUGCAAAUGAACCGAAGCUCAAUGCAUUCACUUCAUCACUGGGCGUGCAGUGUCUGACACCUUUUCCCUUUAUAUCCAGAAUUGUGGAAACUCAGAGUUGGAAGAGAUUUCAAGACCAAAGAGGCCAACUAAUAUUUACGUGUACUUCAUAAACUCUGACAAACAGUUAAGUUUCCAUUCUUAACUUCCCAAGUUCUUCCUUUGGUGGAAUCAAAGCCUAUCAUUUUACUGCAGUCUUUGGUUUGUGUUGUUUGUGCUCUGAACCAGACAAUUCCAUUCCUCUAAUUUAAUUCAUGAUAAUGUGAAUGUUUAAACCAGAAGCAUGUGCAGACAUUGGGAAAGGUGCAGAGAGACUGCAUGACUGGAUGAAGAGGAAGGGCGAGGAGCUGGCAGCUGGUGAAGACUCCCAGGCUCCAGUGACUUGAGGGGUAUGGGAGUCACAGGCUUAGAGAAACAUGACAGUACAGGGCACUGAGAAGCAGGUACCUUUGAGUUCAGGAUAAAUCUCAGGCUCUUUUAAAAGUAAGAGGUUUAAAGGAUAAUCCAGAUGGAAGAAAGCUAAUCUGAUUGGGGCAAAUGUAAAGGGGUUUCUGUCUAUUGAGAGUCAUCAAGUGGCUUAUUGAUUAAGACUGGCUAAGGGUACUUAAUAAUUGUGUGUUGUCUAUUAGAAGUUGGAAAGCACUAGUGACGUGUAUACAUUUAUAUCUGGUCAAAACUGGGGUAGGGAUGGGCUUGCAAACUAUCCUUUGAAGCAUGAGGAAGGAGUAAGACUUAUCUAAGGGUAGCCUCCUUGCCUUUACUGUGAUUAAGAGAGAAAAGCAGGAAAGCAUCAUUCUCCACAUUUGUCUGCCAUGGGUCUGGAGUAACUCCAAACAGCAGGAAGAGCUGUCAGCUCCCGGAUGUUAAAAAUCCAAACAACUGUGCCAUCUGCAAGGAACCCUGGCUGCUCUGAGGACUUCCAAGUCUAGUUAACUCCCAACACUCCUGCUUGGACUGCAGAUGCAUCUGGUCUAAUGGAAUUGUGAAUUCAGUGAGACUCCUGUGCAUCCCCUGAGUUAUGAUACACAUGAACUCGUGCUGUGCUAAUUUGGCAGUAGCUAGAGAGCCACAACCCUAAACCCACCUCCUUUUUAGCCCAGGAAGCAGGUGUGAAAAACUCAGUUUCAAGUAAUGGGCACACAGAUCAAAAGCCAUGUGAUGUUUAUUUUCAAUGAUGAAUAAAACAUUCUAUGAAAUACAGUUUAUUUCCCAAAUGAAUAUAACUUUAUAUUCAGAAACACUUCUUAUGUGAACUGAUGAUAAAUUCAUGGUUGGUUUGUGGGAACCCCAUAAUUUGUCAUCAUUUUAUGUUUUUCUCCCAAUUUUUUUACUAGUAAGUAAAUCAGUAAUACAUGCAAACAUCCCAUCAUACUGAUUUCCUUGGAGCCCUUAAUGUAGAAUAGUAAGUUUAAGGAUAAAUGUUUAAAAUUUUCACCCCUGUAGCUUAAUCCUCCCAAAGGGUUAAACAGUUUACAUUCCCACCAAGGUAUAGCCCCUUUUUUCCUUCCUUCACACUGAUAAUUGGAUGUUGUCAAAUCAAAAGAAAAAUCCAUAAUCUAAAGAUGAAACACUUUCCUGGUAUACUUGACAGUGUUUUUCAGAACGAUGACCCAUAGUAAAAACACAUUAUUCCAUGUAUUCCCGCGUGUGCAUGUGUGACACUUCUAUACAUAUACACACCAGAUUUGAAACCAAAAUUUCAGCCUUUGAAAUGUCGUACAUCCCAGUAUGUUUUAACUGUUUUCAUUUUAGAAGAUGUAGGUCUUGAUUUCCUGUUUAAUAACCAAUGGGUUGAGAGCUGUAGUUGAAACACAGUGCUGUAUGAAAGCUGCAAAGUAAAUACUCUUCUUAAACAGUCCAGUUUUUAAAAAAAUUUAAAUGUCUUUCUUAAAAUGAAGCUCUCUUCUAUUAUGUUUUUUAAAAUCAGGCUAUUAAAGAUUCUUGCUAUAUGAUAAAAGCAGCAUAUAUUGUUUUCGUGUUAAGUGCAAAUAUGUUCAGGCAAUUUAUGCAGAGAAAAAAAGACAAAAAUAACCCAUUAAAAUAUAAAUAGCUUUGAGAA